GAAGGUUUUCUCUUUCUUUCGCCCACUUCCCUAAAGGUCUGGAUCUUCUUGCGUGCCACAAGGUGCAAUUGGAUCCUAUAAUCACUCCUUGUUGUUGUUUUGCAGGGCUGGCAUUUUCCAGAAGCUGUCCUCUCAACUCUUCAGCCCCUCUACCUCAGUUAUACCUGCUACAGGUGGAUUAAGAACAAUGCCUUACACUUUCCGGAACUCAAGUCCACGGGCUCCCCCCGCCCCCCAAAGCGCUUCUGCCACUCACUCCACUGGCCAGACCUACAAGGAGCUGAAGCUUGAAUGCCAGCAGAGAGGGACACUCUUUGAGGAUUGUGACUUCCCAGCCAAUGACGCUUCCCUUUUCUACAGUGAGAAGCCUCCCGUCCCCUUUGUGUGGAAGAGGCCUGGGGUGAGUGCGAUUUCUCUUUCUGUCAGUCCCUCUCCCAUUGUGUAGAAUCUUGUGCAAAAUGAGACAGCUAAACUUCUAUUUACAAAAGACAAGUUUCUCUCCCUCAAGGUUCUAAAUAUAGAUAUAAUGGCCCAACAUUGUAAGAAAUCAAUAUUGUAGUGUGGCAGCAGCUAAGCUUGAAAAUCCCUGACAUCAGGCACCUUUUGGGCAAUUGCUAGAAAUAUUUUUAUUCAGGCAAGCCUAUACAGACAUGUGGCAUGCUGACACGUGUUUUAAUCUGGUUUUCAGCUUAUUGUUGAUUUUAAUUAUUUUUAAUGUUUUCAAUAGCUGCUUUUUACUCUUCUGUUUUUACUGAUAAUUUCUUGUUUUAUGCUCUGAUGGUUUUUUACAGCCAAGUGGUAUAUAGAUUUUGGGAAAUAAAUAAAUGAAAUAAACGUGUGUUUGGGCACAGUAAUAGACUGGGUCAAAUUGAGACUCAAUUCAGAAAAGAUGGAGGUACUGUUGUGAUUGAUGGUUCAUGCAUCUGGAUGGAUGAAGUUGAAGUUCAUUGAAGAUGAGGUUACACUCCGCCUAAGCUCAGGUUUUCAGUAUGGGAGUGCUUAUUGAUCCAGCACCAUCUCAAAUCAUAUUUUUUUCUGUUUUAACUGAGAUGUCAGCUGCAACCUUACCUGGAUGGAGGUAUCUUGGCUGCUAUUACCAAAUAACUUAUCAUGUAGCCCAGAGGACUGCCUUUAAAAAUGACCCCCAAAUUUCAGUUGGUCUGGAAAACAUCCACAAAACUAUCAAGUGAGACUAGUGGAUUUGACCUGAGCUUUGGCAACUGAACCAAUUACCAGAGUAUUUCUCAGCCCAAUUUUAAAGUGUUGAUUUUGCCCUUUUAAAGCCCUAAAAUCUCAGACCUUCAUACUAGCCCGCCUUUGCAGUGUUCAAAUCCCCAGUCAGCCUGCCCUGGAGCUCACUGGGUAAUCUUGAAGCAACCACCACCUCUCAGCCUAACCUACUUCAGAGAGUUGUAGAGAGGAUAAAACAGGAGAUGAUAAUGGUGUGUCACAUCUUGGGCUCCUUGAAGGCAAGUGGAAUAAAAUAAUAAUAAUAAAUUGAUAAAAAUAGACAGAGAUAACCAUGCAAGUUAAGCCAGAGUAUAUUUGGAAACAUGUUUAUGUUUUCUCCUUCUCAGAAUGUAUAGCACAUGUGCAUGACUUAUUCCCAGCGUGGUGUAUAACACGGAAAUGCCUGCGUCUAUACUGUACCAGCAAACAUGUAUUUCGAAUCAAAACAAAUAUAUUUCACAUUCCACACCUCCCAUGGGGAAAUCUAAGCUCCAUUCAGUGGAUAAAUAACUUGUAACCUACAUCCUGUUAUUCUUCCUUCCCAUAGAAAGAAAAAGUCAACAAACUUUGAUUUGCUGUUUAACAGGGAUAAACAAACAUCACAAAUGCAUGAUGUGGGGUGCUGUUUUAGCAGAGUCCCCCUUGUAGAAUUUCAUGACUUGAUUCGAGAAAGUAUAACAGAUAGAAACUCUCUUUUCCUCCUUUAGAAUAGAGAAUAAGCUUUUAGGAAUGCACUUUGUGGAGAUAUUCGAUCGCACAGUUGGAAUAAUUCUCUCCUUUAAGAUUUAGGGCCAAUGUAUAUUACUGUUUUUAUUUUAUUGUAUUACGGCAAGGGAAAAAUGGAUUAUACCCCAAGGGUGCAGAAAAUUAGGCACAAAUGUAAACAUUCUGCAGGCUAAGAUUUAUGGUGACAUUUCUAUUGCUUGACUGUCAGGUUGAAACCCUUCAGAAAAGGCAGGUGUGGCUUCUCGGGCUCCUUGCUUCCCCGCCCUGUUCUCUUUGCCUCCACCAUCUGAUCAUGUGGUAAUAAACAGGAUGUCUUCCAAAGUGGGAGGAAGGUAGGCCACAGGACUGAGGAGAAAAAUCCCAGGAAAAGCCAUAACCCACCUCAUUUCUUUCUGUAUCAGGGAAAUUAAAAGUGCACUACAAAUCUCCAGGUAAUAAACUGGCAAGUGUAAUUGCCCCAUAUUUCUGCCACAGGAGAUGGGACCUUUGUAGCAGUAAGUUACCUCAGUAGCAGGUUACCUCAGAAAUCUGCUAUUCCCACAUGAGCCUUAGUGAGUAGCAGGCUCAAAACAACAAACUCAAAACUAAACAGGGGAACAAUCACCACUCUUUCCCCAUCCCAUCUGUGUCCUCAUCUAAUCUACAGCUGAUCUCCUUUAGGUAGGAUGGCCCAUGUGCGCCUCACCAGAGCAAAGGCCCCCAAAAAGGCAGUUCAGCAUAAAAUUUGGAGAUGCUAAUUUAGAAAUGAAUCCUAUGGAUCAUCAGUGUGGGGAAGAGUGUGGCCAAGUGUGGCUGCUUAGUGGUGAUAACAGACGUUGAUCACCUUCAAGGCCUCUCCUAUUCUUACUCCUUAGACCAGGCUUCCUCAAACUCGGCCCUCCAGAUGUUUUCAGACUACAGUUCCCAUCAUCCCUGACCACUGGUCCUGCUAGCUAGGGAUCAUGGGAGUUGUAGGCCAAAAACAUCUGGAGGGCUGAGUUUGAGGAAGCCUGCCUUAGGGUUUUUAAUUUUUAAACCAGACUGCCAAUGGAUGCGUAACAAAAUUUCAGACAGUAUGCUUUCUGCCUGUGAACAGGGGAUGGGGGUUCAGACACCUAUAUAGCUCUUUGCCCCUCCUCAUAAUUAAUGGAAGCAAGAUAUAUUAUGUCUCAGUAAGCAAAUAAAUGCAAAUGUGUUUAUUUUGCAAAAUUGGAUUGAAAAAAUUCAGCUUUUCCUGGUUCAGAUUCUGGAUUUUUCGUAUGCACAAUUUAGUUUCCCCCUCUCUGUUGUGCAUUAUAUUUUAGGUGGACCAUUCCAUGGGUUGGGACGCGGGUGGCGCUGUGGGUUAAACCACAGAGCCUAGGACUUGCCGAUCAGAAGGUCGGCGGUUCUAAUCCCCGCAACGGGGUGAGCUCCCGUUGCUCGGUCCCAGCUCCUGCCAACCUAGCAGUUUGAAAGCACGUCAAAGUGCAAGUAGAUGAAUAGGUACCGCUCCGGCGGGAAGGUAAACGGCGUAUCCGUGCGCUGCUCUGGUUCGCCAGAAGUGGCUUAGUCAUGCUAGCCACAUGACCCGGAAGCUGUACGCGGCUCCCUUGGCCAAUAAAGCGAGAUGAGCGCCGCAACCCCAGAGUCGGCCACAACUGGACCUAAUGGUUAGGGCUCCCUUUACCUUUACCUUACUCCAUGGGUUACAUGCGGCUACCUCAAAUUCUGUGUCAGGCUUCAGAAAUGCAUACAGGCUUACCAGACCACUGCAAUAAAGUGAAUAUCGCAAUAAAGCGGGUCACAUAUUUAUUUAUUUUUAAAUGUUUCCCAGUGCAUAUAAAAGUUAUGUUUACACUAUAUUGUAAUCUAUUAAGCCAGGCUCCCUCCACUCUUGUGGCCAGAAAAGGAAGCGGCCAGUCUGCCUGCAGCUGCACCCUCAUCCUCCUAAGGAGCAUGUCUGCACAGUGCAAUGAAGCGAGUUGUGCCUGUAGAGCAGGUCUAGAGGAAUCCCUUUCUUAUCCCAGUCUCCCGGCACUACAGUAUUCUCUAAGGGCAAGCCUGUUCCUUUGUGCUGCAUGGUUCAAUUGCAAGCUCUGCAUGACCCAGUGUGUUGAACAAGCAGGUGGUGCCAGCGAUGACUGGGCUGGUUUGACUUGCCUUUUGUUCUCUUUAAUCAUGACACACCAGCCUAAGUAAUGUUCUCCCCCAUUUGGGCAUUGAGCAGCAGGAAUGCAGCCAGCCAGGUCACCUGCUCUCUGACAUUUCCUUUGAAGCAGGGAAAUGCUCUGGGGGAGAAAAAAUGCCAGCCUCUGGCUCCAUUCAAUUUUUAAACUACCAGUAGCCUGUGUAAAGCUUGCAGCCUCCGUUAAUUGCCUUGGCUGCCACCUUUAUCCAUCUUGCCCACUGUGUAGACAUGGUCGACCUUUGUCACCCCCGCUGGGGAGGAAGGUUCUGCUCCACAAGCACGUUCCUGCAUUGGCUCCCUUCCCACAAAGCCUCUGUUUGUCUGAGGCUUAAUUUGAGCCCUGGACUCCAGAAUCUCUCUGCAUCCAUUGUGACCUGCAAAGUAAUUUUAUUAGUACAUGUGUAUUUAUCAUCAGCAUGUAUGGUCCCUUUUAGAUAGACAAGGAUGCCUUCCCUGCUUUUUAGCUUAUUUUUCAAAACAGAUAUUGGCAACCCAGGGUAACUGCUUGCCUUGAAAGCAGUUGAUGCUAAGAGUGGCGUGAUUGAUGAGGAGGAUGGAUGAAUAGACCCAAAAAGCCCAGUCCUCCGAAGUAAACUGAAGUGUAGGUGGGUUCCCAUGAGGCAAGACACAGCAACAACAGGAAGAACCUUUGUUGAACUACAUUACUGGGAAACAGGGGCAAAGCAACUGCUUAUAUACAUUCCUGAAGGCCUGGGCCACUCCCACUCCCAAAGUGAUUGGCUGUCUAAACUUCCAAGCUGCAAAUCACGACUCAGAGUUCAAGGGCCAAUGGCAGAGGCCCAAAUCCUGAAAUGCUCUGUGAUUGGAUAUCAUGUAUCGAAUCAGAACACAGGGGCUCAGAAUCCUUAGUCCAGACAAGCUCAGGUAAACACAGACCACUGAAUACAUAACAUAAACACUGUAGGCAGUUGUAUUUUUCUGUGAAAUUCCCUCUGAGAGCAAUGGAAAAUCCUCCAGUCUUGUAGGCCACUGGGCACCUUACUCUACUAUUCAAAGCACACCACUACCUGAAGGAGCGUCUCCACCCCCAUUGUUCUGCCCAGACGCUGAGGUCCAGCGCUGAGCGCCUUCUGGCGGUUCCCUCUGUUGGUUUCUGCUUUCCUUCACUGUGCAGCUCUGCUUGUCACGAGACAGGUGUUUACAUUCCACAGUCUGUACUGUUGGAGUUUCUCACGGGAAAGGGAGACUGGAUGUGACGUACACUGGUUUCCUGUUUUUCACUGUGUGAUUCUCUCCGAGCUGUCGAGGAGAGAGGAUGCAUUUUCUGCUCCGGCAGAGGCAAGAUGUCUUUCUGUAAUAUACCAGCUUUGAACUGUAAAUAAAGCAAUAAGGAGUAUGCAGCACGUAUUCCUCAUCCUUCCGCUGGGCACAAGACUCUGCUUAAAUCAACACGUGGUUAUGGGCCCAGAAGUCGAAUCGGAGUGCCGGCAAAGGAUCGGAAUGCAGAGGGACAGAUCGGAACGGAAUCUGCUCUGCGCGUAGAGGUGAUUGAUGAGGUAUGUGCUACUGCUCCGGGCAGCCUGCCAGCUUCAAGUUAAUGGCUUUAUGGCUGGACUUUGAACUUUUAAAGCCGGUUUUGCCGGGAAUAGGCAAAGGCUCCCAGGCACAAGUCACUAUGCUGGGGAAAUCGAAAGUAACUUUUAAGUGCGCUUUUGUAAUAAGGCAGCUGCAGCAGUGACGCAGCAAGAUUUAAAGCAGCAUAUAUAUGACGCUGAAGGCUAAUGCCAGAGUCAUGAUGGCCCUUCAGGAUGCUUGUGGGAUUCCUAAGCUCAACAAGAAAAAUUAUGCCGACUGGGUUCAGUAUGCAGAGGCAAUUCUGCGGAAAGAGGGUUUGUUUGAGGUGAUUACAGAAACCCCCAGUUCCAGUUACAGAUGCAUGGGAAGCUAAGGAUUCCAAAGCAAGGGGAACUCUUACAUUGAUAGUAUCCCCAGAAGAGCUCUGUCUAUUGCGUGAUAAGACCUCAGCCAGAGAAAUUUGGGACGCUUUGAGAGAGGCUCACUUAAGGACAGAAGCAGGAUCCACUAUGUUUUACUUUAACAAGCUGACAGUGGACUUUGUUACUGCCGUGAUUUUAAAUGAAGCAGAUCGCCGGGGUGCUAGCUGCAUGGGCAAGGGGGAGUCUUCACAGACGUCAUCCCAUAGUGCAGUGGAACCACCAGAUGGCGCCAAAGCUUUGAAGGCAGUGAAAUGCUACUCGUGUGGACGUCUAGGCCAUAUGAAGAGGGAAUGCAGACAUCCCAGGGCCAAGACAGAGCAGCGCAGCGAAAGCUCAUCGCGCGGAAAAGGCCGAGGCAAAGGCAAAGGUCCGGUGUCUAGGACAACGCAGCCCAAGGCUAUGGUUUCACGCUUCACUCCAAAGGUUGCAGAGGUCCAGAAGACGUCUAGAUCUUUCUUCGUUGUUGAUUCAGCGGCGACCCACCACAUGUGCAACGAUAAGAAACUGUUUGUGUCUUUUACACCGCAGGAAGGUGCGAUUCACCAGGCGGAUGACCACACUAUUCCCAGUAAAGGCUACGGAACUGUUGUUCUUCACAGUUUGGACUUAUCGAUACAGAAUGUGCUUUACGUGCCAGACGCCAAACAUAAUCUGCUCAGCGUUGGACAGCUGAAUGAGCGGAACAUUGACGUUUCCUUCAAGAACAAGAAGUGCAUCAUCACAAAGAAAAAUGAUUAUGUAUUGCAUGCAGAAUAUGUUGAUCGUUUGUUUGUUUUGUAUUAUGAUGAUGUGGUGCAGGAUGACACUUGUUGCAUUGCAGGUUCUAACAAAAGUUUGCAUGCAGAAUGUAUUCACGAUUUUCAUCGAAAAUUUGGUCAUUUGCAUUUUGAGGCAGUAUCUAAAAUGCCUGCCUUGGUAGAAGGUAUGACUAUUAAACCCUGCAGGUACCACAUGAAGUGCAAAGCAUGCGCAGCAAACAAGGUCAAAAUGGCUGCGAAAGGUAAGGUGUCUAGUAGGAAAGCUACAGAACCAUACCAGGUUGUUCAUGCUGAUUUGGUUGGACCACUAGCGCCCUCUUUGGGUGGAAAUAGAUACUUCAUGGUUCUCAUUGAUGCAUUUUCUAGAUAUAUUUUUGUGUACAAUCUCAAGCAGAAAUCGGAGGCUUUUCCUAGGUUCAAGGAAUUCUGUGCUUGGUUGGAAAAUGUGCAUGGUAAGAAGAUAAAGACUCUUUUCAGUGAUCGCGGGGGGGAAUUCACUUCUCAGCAGUUUGAAGCUUUUCUGACUGAGAAAGGAAUUCAACAUGAUUUGUCUAGUCCUCGCUCGCCAUGGCAGAAUGGACUUGCGGAACGGGCAAAUCAGACAUUGCUUCAAGGUUUAAAAACCUUGCUGCAUGAUGCCAAUCUUCCAGAUAGUUAUUGGGCCGAAUCUCUCUCGUGUUUUGUUUACAGUUACAAUCGCAGGUUAUCUUCAGCGAUUGGUUGUACCCCCUAUGAGAAGAUGUUUGGCAAGAAGCCAUACGUCAAACACAUGAAGAUUUUUGGUUCUGACAUGUGGGUUCACUCACCACAAAACUCCAAGUUAGACAAGCGUGGAUUGCAUGGUAUCUUUCUAGGUUAUCAGAAAGGGUCUUACAGAAUAAUGAUGACUGACUCUAAGACAAUUAAGCUCACGAGAAGUGUCGAGUACAAUGCAAAGUGGGGGGGAGAAUGUGGGAAUUUUCCAAUGUUAUCCUGAUGACGGUGAUGAGACUGAGGAUAGUCAAAAGCAACCACAACAACCCGCACCCACUGAUGAAGGUUCUGAGUCUGAAUCUGAAACUGAAUCGGGUGAUUCAGAGGAUUUCGAGAGUGCGAAAGCCUCUGUGCGACCCUCUGAAAGCUCUGAUCAAGAAUUGGAGGAACCAUUGUUCACAAUAGGUCGUUUUUCUCCUAAGAAGGAAGAGGAGAGUGUUGAAGACUUAAGGCUAAUUCGUAGGUCACAGAGAGCCACAAAAGGCAAACCUCCAAAGAGAUUUGCUGAUGAGUUUGCUAAGAUAGCAGUAACAGCUGUUAAAAGCUCCAAGAAGGUAUUUGAACCUUCAAGUUUCCAAGAAAUCCAGGGUUUGGAUUCAAAGGAAGCUGAGCCAUGGUUAAAUGCCAUGAAGGCUGAGCUUGAUUCCUUAGAAAGGAACAAAACAUGGGAGCUAGUUCCAGUAGUUCCAGGAAUGAAACUGCUUGGAAGCAAAUGGGUCUUCAAAGCGAAGACAGAUCAAAAUGGCAAGAUAGUCAGACACAAAGCCAGAUUGGUAGCCAGAGGUUUUGCACAGGUACCAGGUGAAGACUAUCACGAGACCUAUUCACCCACAGUGAGAUAUGAAAGCAUUAGGCUUAUGCUUAAGCUAGCUGCAGAGGAAAAUCUACACAUUAGUCACCAUGAUAUUAAUACAGCUUUUCUGUACGGAUCUCUAGAUGAAUCACUUUAUAUGCUUCCACCUGAUGGCGUACAGGUAAAACAGGGAUUUGUUUGUGCUCUGAAGAAAUCCUUUAUGGUCUCAAACAAAGUGCACGGUGUUGGCACACAAAACUCACUGAAGUAUUGUUUUCUCUAGGUUUUCAGCAAGGGAAAGCUGAUCCAUGUGUAUUUGUCAAAGAGGAGGGGCAAAAGAAACUGUACUGUUUGUUUUAUGUUGAUGAUUCAUUAUUCUUUUGGAAAGAUGUUGCAAUGUACAAUAGCGCCCUAGCUCAACUGAAAGAGCACUUUGACAUGAAAGAUCUUGGUGAGGUAAACAACUACCUAUCUCUGGAAAUAGAGAGAGAUCAAGAUGGUAACAUUCUAGUACACCAGUCACGGAAAAUUGCUGAUGUGUUAAGCAAACUAAAUCUGAUGGAUGCUAACCCUGUAGACACACCGAUGACAACAGGUUAUCAGGUAGAUGACACUGAAGAAGCAUUUUCUGACACUACACUGUACAGGAGUGUGCUAGGCAAGCUAAACUUCAUUGCCAGAUGUUCAAGACCAGACAUUGCUGUUAGCUGUAAUUUGCUAAGCAGACAAGUCAACAAUCCUAGUGUCAAGGAUUGGAAAGCUCUGAAACGCAUAGCGCGGUAUUUGAAAGGCACUAUGCAUUACAGACUGAGAUUUAACAAUCAGAAGUCUGGUGGUCUUGAGAUAUUUGCAGAUGCAAGUUUUGGAAGUGACGCUACAGACAGGAAAGGUACGUCUGGAGUUUGCUACAUGUACAAUCAGAGUCUGUUUGAUUGGUCAUGCAAGAAGCAAACAACAGUUAGCUUAAGUACUUGUGAAGCCGAACUGAAUGCACUGUCUUAUUCACUUAAGGAUUGUGAAUGGUUAGUACAAUUGUGCAAAGAUAUGAAAAUUCCUGUCAAAUGUCCAAUCCAGGUUUACCAGGACAACAAAGCAUGUUUGGCUUUGCUGAAGUCUGAAGGUUGUAAGCAAAGCACAAAGCACUUACAAUUAAAGUUGCAGCAUGCUAGGGAAUGUAUUCAGAAGGGACUCGUAACGGUGUCCUAUAUGCCAGGUAAUGAAAUUCCUGCUGAUGUAUUGUCCAAGAUUGUAUCAAAGGAUCAACACUGUACCUAUGUGCAGAAGUUGGGUUUGUACUGAUAUUGUGCAAACACGCUGCCCAGUGAUGUUCACAGAAAGGGGAGGAUGUUGGUUUCUGCUUUCCUUCACUGUGCAGCUCUGCUUGUCACGAGACAGGUGUUUACAUUCCACAGUCUGUACUGUUGGAGUUUCUCACGGGAAAGGGAGACUGGAUGUGACGUACACUGGUUUCCUGUUUUUCACUGUGUGAUUCUCUCCGAGCUGUCGAGGAGAGAGGAUGCAUUUUCUGCUCCGGCAGAGGCAAGAUGUCUUUCUGUAAUAUACCAGCUUUGAACUGUAAAUAAAGCAAUAAGGAGUAUGCAGCACGUAUUCCUCAUCCUUCCGCUGGGCACAAGACUCUGCUUAAAUCAACACCCUCAUUGCGAGAAGCAAAGCUACAGGGAACCAGGCAGAGGGCCUUCUUGGUAGUGGCGCCCACCCUGUGGAACGCCCUCCCAUCAGAUGUCAAAGAGAUAAACAACUACCUGACAUUCAGAAGACAUCUUAAGGCAGCCCUGUUCAGGGAAGUUUUUAAUGUAUGACAUAUAAAUGUAUUUUUGGUCUUUGUGGAAGCCGCCCAAACCCAGCCAGAUGGGUGGGGUACAAAUAAUAAAUUAUUAUUAUUAUUAUUAUUAUCAUCAUCAUCAUCAUCAUCACUAUCCUAGCCACUCCAGGCUGUGCAUGGCUGGUGAGUAAGCAGAGGGAAGAAGAGAGGAGAUAUCAGACAGAAGCCCUCCUAAAAGAAUCUGCUCUGGAUUCUUAAGUGGACUGAUUUGAAAGCUGCCCUGGGAGCCUGUCUGGGCUUGAAAGGAGCCUAAAAAUAUUUUGUUAAAAGCUAUUAAAUAUCCAAAUGUAGUAUAAAAUUCUUUAAUCACUUGCUGUGCCUACGCACAAGUGCUAAUAUGCCCUGUGGUAUUCCUAGUGAAGUCUCAUAAUUCAGGAAAUCAACAGCAGUAAUUUUCCAUUUUCUUUUGGGUCGGACACCAGCAGCACAGGAUCUUCAUAUAUUGACAAUGAUGCCAUAGUAUCAUUAUGGAGCCAUAAAUCUUCCAAUGCACAAUUUAAUAAAGGACAGGACUUGGCAGAUCUUAAUGUCUGCUGUUUGCCCAAGGCUCCAGGUCUGUCAUUGGGCAGAACAGACACACAGUUGCAGCAAUGCACAGCAGAAUAUAUUCUGUUCAGAGCACUUAUCUAUUUUUCCAAUAUUCUUCAAGGAAAUCGUUAAAGACCCACAGUUUAUUCUUGGAGGCGCCACAAGAACGGACAUUUGUCAAGGGGAACUUGGUGAGUGUUCUUUCCCACUGAAAUUGUAGCUGCCUUGUGCAUGGAAACGCGAGUGUUGACGUGCAUAUGGUCACACAGCUAAAGUUCAUUGGCUCUACUUUCUCAUUUGUGUGGGUUCUUUGCUUCACUUGUGUACAGUCUCAUCCAAUGAUUACUGGUAAAUACAGAGAGUAGAUUUCAGGCCUGCCCUUUUUCACCCAACGUCCAUCAUGCAUUUGUAUGUACACCACAAAACCUCUACCAUGCAUCAAAUAUGAUUCCUGGGUAGGACAGCUCACCUUACAUAUUUGAUUCCCUAUACCCAGUGCUUUUCUUUUAGUGAAAAAGGUGCUGGCACUGAGUACCCUUGAGUACCUCUAGGAAAAAAACCCACUGCCUAUAUACCAUACAACCAAUUUUAAAAGAAAAUAUCUAGAUAAACUGGAGUGCUGUUCAAAAUAAUGCCACACUGAUGUGCAACCAUAAGAAAAAGCAUUGGAAAAUUUAAUAGCUAAGCAAUAAAGGUUUAAUGGGAAUAAUUUAACGGGGAGCUUUGACCUCCACUUUGUAGAUGUGAAUUCUAAAGAAUUCCUGUUAAUUGGAACCAGAUGACAAGAGGAAUCAGUGCUUUGUUCUAUUUGAUUUCCAGGUGACUGUUGGCUAUUGGCAGCUAUAGCAUCUCUUACUCUUAAUGAAAGCACAUUAGCCAGAGUAGUGCCACUCGAUCAGGAUUUUGGACCAGGCUAUGCUGGAAUAUUUCAUUUUCAGGUAAGAGAACUCUUGUCAUACAUGUCCAAAUGUCCAAGCCACCCCCACUACCUUUGUGCGAUGGCAUCAAGGCUGGUUUGGGUCAAUCACUGUACCAGCUCCUGCUCUUUGUCCACCUUCCACCCAGACUGCCAUGUGCAACAGUGCCCCCACCACUCUGUGUAGCUCCACUGGACUGAGGGGGAGAGUUUUGAUUGCCCCGUUAGUCAAGACUUGCCAUUUGACUGCUCCAAGAAAAUUAAGUGGGUUUUGUUGCUGGGGUGGGUUUUUUUGCUACUGAAAGAAGUACAAAUUACUGUGCUGCAUAUUAUUUCACCUUAUCAAAUUAUUCUGUUUACCUUUACCAAACAGUUUUGGCAACACAAUGAGUGGCUGGAUAUUGUCGUUGAUGACCGAUUGCCCACUUUCAAAGACCGGCUGGUUUUUCUACACUCAGCUGAUCACAAUGAAUUCUGGAGUGCAUUGUUGGAAAAAGCUUAUGCCAAGUAAGCCUUGUGGGUUAUGUGAUCUAGGUACUGUUCAUGGUUUCCUUGGCUUUCACAACCUGCACCUCAUUGCUAUCUGCACUCUUCUCUCACACUGUCAUCUGUGUGGUCUGUGAAAUUUGAUUGUGAAAUCAGAUAUUGAGGCCUGCUAUUUUAGCUCUCUGUGUCUGCUACCACUGCUAAGGAUCUAAAGAAUGCUAAUAACAGAAUCAUGGUAAUAACCUUAAAAUGGGGAGUAUGCAAUAACUUCACCUCCAAAUAACCCAGGGAAUCAUAGUUUUCCUCCGAUAACACUACAGUUUUCAGCAUCCUUAAUUAAACCAUAGUUCCCAAGGUUCUUUAAAGAAAGGUAAUAUCCUUAAAUGUGUGGUAUGUAACAGCUGUACUAUAAGUAGCUGCAGUGGUGUGCCUUUUGAUUUAUACUCCAGCCAUAGUUUAUUCACCUAGUUCAGAAAUGGCCAACAUUGUGCUUUCCAGAUGUUGUUUCGGACUACAACUUCCAUCAACUCCAGCCAGCACACCAUGCUGUCCUAGCUAAUGGGUGAUUGCAUCAAGGCACAAUAUGCUAGGAACCUCUGCUGCAGAAACCUUUCAAAAUAUAUUGGGCAUGUACAAGAACUUGGAAAUGCUUUGGAAGCAAUCUUUGAUUUCUGUAAGGCUUGUCUAAGAGACUUUCCUAGUAGAUUAUCCCAGUGCUUUUUCCCCCCUUAAAAAUGUUUGGGGUACUCUCAUUUUGACUCAAGAAAAUCACCAUUUUAAAGUUUGAAUUGGGAAAAAUACAUACAGUAAAUGGACAAAAGUACAAAGAUUCACAAAAUGUUUAGGGGUAUGCGUACCCCUGCGUAUCCCCCAGAAAAAAGCACUGGAUUAUCCCAAUCAGCAAUGCAGCAAUUGAAGUGGUAUAUAGUAUGAAUUCCACCCCUAUUAUCCAAGAGACUUGGACAAGUUCUUGGUCAAACAUUCAUCAUCAGAGGCCCUUCUUCAUGGGCUUCCUCCAAGAGAGGUCCAGGGGGUGGCAACACGAAAAUGGGCCUUUUCUGCAGUGGCUCCCCAUUUGUGGAAUUCUCUCCCCAGGGAGGUUUGCCUGCACCUUCAUUACAUAUCUUUAGGCACCAGACAAAACCUUUCCUCUACAACCAGGUCUUUGGCCUUUAGCUAUAGGUGGCAUUUUAGAAGUUGGUGGGAUGUUUUAAAUGUAUUUCUUUUCCCUCUUGGUUUUAAUGUAUAUAUGUGGGGUUUUUUUGUUUGUCCGUUUCUUUGGUUGUAAGUCACUUUGGGUUGCCCUGGACAAGAUAAAGCAACUAACCAAUUUAAUAAAUAAUGAUGAUGAUGAUAAGUUUUGUAUAUAUAUGUGUGUGUGUGUGUUUUCUGGCCGCUGUCAGGUUGAAUGGAAGUUAUGAAGCUUUAAAAGGCGGAAGCACAAUUGAAGCAAUGGAAGAUUUCACAGGAGGAGUUGGAGAAAUGUUUGAAGUUAAAAAAGCUCCAGAAAAUUUCUAUGACAUCUUAAAAAAAGCUCUGAAAAGAGGUUCAAUGGUGGGCUGUUCUAUUGAUGUAAGUAAAAUGAUAAAGCUGAGUUUCAGGGGUUUUAUCUGUAUAGAUCUGUUUCGUUGCUCUGAAUGAACAAUUUCUCCAAAGUACUGAGUUCCCUGAUGCAUAAUAGGGAUGGAAUAUGCUGUUGGUAUAUCAUAUCAUCUGCUGGAUGCUGCCAUGAUACACAGAAUAAUAGAAUUGUAGAGCUGGAAGGGACUCUGAGGGUCAUCUAGUCCAACCCCCUGCAAUGCAGGAAUCUCAAAUUAAUCACCCAUGACAGAUGGGCAUCCAAUCUCUCCUUAAAAACCUCCAAGGAAGGAGAGUCCCCCACAUCCCGAGAGAGUCCGUUCCACUGUCGAACAGCUCUGACUGCCAGAAAGUUCUUCCUAUUGUUUAGUUGGAACUUGGAUCCUGUUUUGUGUAAUUUGGAUCCAUUGGUUCAGGUCCUAGCCUCUGGAGCAGCAGAAAAUAAGCUUGCUCGAAUUUCCACAACCCUUAAGAUAUCUGAAGAUGGCUAUCUCAUAUGUUAAUUAAUUAAUUAAUUAAUUAAUUAAUUAAUUGCACUUACUGAAAUCUAAAUUUGAGAAAGAGCAGCAGUAUCUGAGCAGUGUCUGCUCAGAAAUCCUGCAGAUUUCAGUGAGACUUUCUUCCAAGUAAGCAUCCACACAGUUGCAGCCUAAGCCCCAUACACCAUUCAUAGCUAAUUCUUCUAUACUAGUCCAUCUUCUUAACCCCAUCUAUAUUUGAAGCCAUUCACAGUACUCAUCCGCAAUGUGUUGCAUUUGGAUUCUGCUCUGAAGGAGCUCAGAGGACUACUUUGGCCUCACAUAAAUCCUGUAAGAAAAGUUAGGUGAGAGCUAGCAACCUGGACAAGAUUGGUUCAUAGCGGAACAGGGAUUUAGAUCUCCCACAGCCCAGCCCAACAUGCUAGCCCCUACACCACACCAGAGACCUCUUCUGGGGAUCUAUCAAUGCCCCCAAGUGUUUGGGAAAUGAUCACAUUUGAGGUCUUACUUGCAUUGUCGAUUAACCAGCUUUCUAAAUAUUUUAUAUGUUAUCAUUGUACAUUAUAUUGUAGGAUUUUGUAUUUCACAUUCCUUACCUGUAGCUGUUUCCAACUAAAUCACUGCAUACGCAGAAUGAUUUCUGCAAGCACAACAGAACAUCCUCCCUUCUCCUUCUCCAAAUCUGCUCUGGGGUUCCCCCCAAAGCUAUGGAACAGAUUAGGGGCACGGAGAGGGGAAAAGGGAGGGGAAUUUUCAUUCUGCUUGCUGAAGAUGUUCCACCUACAAAAUGUUUUCUUUGGAUACAACCCCUUGCUUCUAAAUGUGGUCACUCACUCUUCUCACUCUUACAUAUACAUGUGAAUAAAUACAUGAUGUUACUUCAAUAAGACUAGUAUUUUAAACCUAUAUUUCCAUUCCUUAGACCAGCAGUGCAGCUGAGUCAGAAGCUCGUACACCCUACGGACUUAUAAAAGGUCAUGCCUAUUCAGUAACUGGUAUUGAUGAGGUAAGUGGCUUUUCUGUUGUGGUUUGUCUUGCUGUGAAGAGGACGGAACCUAUAUUUAUUUAAAGGGGAGGAGUGGUUGGCUUUGGAAACCAAGCCUGUUUAUCUUAUGCUCAGAGAUAGUUGUAAUAUAAUAUGCUUUUGAAUUGCUGGGGUAUUGUUUUAGUUGGCUUCACACAGAGUGGGCAAUUCAUGCCCAUUUUUGUGAAUCUCUCCAAAAGAAAGAGACCCAACUUUAUGUUCAGGUCUAAAGUACCAGGGGCUUGAUGAUUUGGUUUGUGAAGAGAAUGUCAUCUAGAUUAAUUGAGUUACUCAGCAUUAUAAAGAAGAACUGCUUCUUAGUUUAAGAUGUCAGGAUGAAUGUGGAUGAUUAGAUUCUCCAUAGGCUAAAAUUCUCAAAAUAGAUGCUUUAUAACAUGGGUGGGGAACCUUUUUCAUCCUGGAGGCCACAUUCCCUUCCAGGGGCCACUUGCCAAUGAUGAGCAGGGCAGAGGCAAUGGUUGACAGAAUAACAGAUGCACAUUUCACCUUUGUACAGUAGGCUGAUUUUUACACAUACACAAAUCCAUCUCUGUCUUACAUCCAGAUAAGCAAAAGUAAUAAUUAGAGUUCAAGUACAUAUUCUAGCUGAAUAAAAAACACUCUGUGUACAAAGCUGAACUAGUAAGCAGUGUGCUCUGAGGACAGGGAUGUAGUCUGAGGAUAGUUCUGGCUGCCAAAAAUGAGGGCCCUGAAGGCUGCAUUCAGCCAUCCAGCUUGGGGUUUCCCACUCUGCUUUAUAAUCCUACUAAAUUCAGUUGAACGUCUUAGUUCAACUUUUUAAUGUUUGAAGUUUUGUUGUGUUCCUUUAUAUUUUGUUGGAAGCUGCCCAAAGUGGCUGGGGAAACCCAGUCAGAUGGGAGGGGUACAAGAAAUUUGUUGUUGUUGUUGUUGUUGUUAUAUUAAGUCAAGGUAGCCAGGGAAUGCUCUAGAAUGUUUUCGGACUACAGUUCCCAUCAGCCUGAGCCAGCAUGGCCAAUGGAUGAUGGGAGUUGUAGUCUAACCAUAUGUGCAGGGCAUCAUCCUGGCUGUCCUUGGAUUACGCAUGUGAGUCUUUUUCUUUUCUUUUUGCACUGGAAAGCUGUUCUGUAUUCUUUCUCUUUCUUGCUUCCGUUCUCACUAGGUGGACUACCAAGGCCGGAAGGUGAAGCUCAUUCGAGUGAGGAACCCCUGGGGUCAAGUGGAAUGGAAUGGCCCUUGGAGUGACAAGUUAGUAUAUUCACUGUUCCAAGAACUUUUAACAUACACAAGUUCUGCAAAUGGGGUGGGGGAACAGGUAUUGAAAACACAACGCGAUCAUGGGAUGAUAAGCCAUUCUCAGAACACCCACUGGAAUAAAUGGAGUGCAUUUACCUAAUUCAAUUGAUUUCAUUGAUAUCACCCAUUAUUUAGCAGCUGACAUUUUGGAUGACACAGUAAAGUACAGGCACUGAAGCAGAAUACGCAAUGGCUAAACAUCACUGGUGUGAUAAAAUAUCCACGAGUGAACGGCCAAGGUCAGGAAAUAGCUUCAGCAUUAAUACUGAUGGACAAAGCAAUCCUAAGUAAGGGCUGAGAGGUGCGGAGUGACAGAUUCACUGCUGCAUCCAAGCCCCAGCCAGCCAGAGCAGAAGGUCAGGAUCAGGUCCUUCUCUGAGAGCCAUAGCUGUCAACUUUUCCCUUUUCUUGCUAGGAAUCCUAUUUGGAAUAAGGGAAUUUCCCUUAAAAAAAGGGAAAAGUUGAGAGCUCAACCUACUCAGUGGAUCUGUCUAGCCAGGCUGGAGCCACCCACCCUAAAGAUGCCUCUUUCAAAAGGGCUUGCUACUGUCAGCAUCGCCCUUGAGCCAGUGCCACCAACUGGACUCAUCCACUCAGCCCCGACUGGGCCAGGCGAGCUGGGGAGCACUUCCAGAGACCACCUUCAGCACAGGAACAGGUCAAAGUGCUGUGGACUCACAGCUUAGAGUUGUGAGCACCGGAUUCACUUCCACAAGAAGACAGUCGUCACACAGCAGAGUAUAGCAGAGUAGAGCAGAGCGUAAACGACUCGGAGAGCAGCUCUGUAGAAUAUCUUCUUUAUUCUAUCUACAACUAUAAUACACAACUAUGUACAGAGCUAAAUGAGGUCUAAACGAAAAUGCUGAACUGCACUGAGUGUCUGCAGCUGCUCGUAGCAGCAACCUUAUCUAUACACACGAUCUCUCUCUAACACUCAGUCUCUCUCUCUCUCUUUGAUGUGAGGCUGGAGCGGAAUAAGUAGAGAGCAGAAACCGCCCCCUCCUCUCUGGAGAAUCAGCAGAGAACAUCAGCAGAUUCUUGGAUAUGGGAGGGGUGAAAUCUCCUCAGCUACAUGUGCUACAUUCAAAGCACAUUUAGUGUAGUUUAAGGUUGCUGGGAACUGUUGCUCCGUGAGGGGGGGAACUACAGUUCCCAGGAUCCUUUGGGGGAAGUCAUGCGCUUGAAAUGUGUGUUUCAUGCACCUUGAAUGUAUGGUGUAAACAUGCCCGAGAGUUUGGCAUGCACAGUACUCUGUGAGCUCCAGCAGGCUGACGGCUAUCUCCUUCUCUUCAAGUUCUCAUGAAUGGCGUUCCGUCAGCCCAUCUGAGAAAAAACGUUUGUAUCAGACAGCCCUAGAUGAUGGAGAGUUCUGGUAAGUGAAUAUGCUGAUUCAAAUGAUAACUGCAUUAAAGCAAGAGCAAACCAGGGUGCCUUUUUUGUGGUUACUUGGUCCUCCUCACAUCUCAACAAACACAUGAGGGGAAGCAGAGACACGCUUACAAGCCCCUGCCCUGAGCAUGUACUCUUUAGCAUGUUGAGAUCCUUCACAGUCCUUCAUAGUGUGAUCUCUCUUUCUUCUCUUAUAUAGGAUGAAGUUUGAUGAUUUCCAGUCUCAUUUCGACAAAGUUGAGAUCUGCAACCUGACGCCUGAUGCCCUUGAGGAUAAUGCAGCACAUAAAUGGGAGGUGAUAGUUCACCAAGGCAGCUGGGUCAGGGGGGCCACUGCUGGAGGCUGCAGAAACUUCAUAGGUGUGCAUCUGAAAUUUCUUGCCACGUUUUUCUUCUCCGUGGGAAGACCUUGCUUCUUCAUCAGACCAUACUUCUUCAUCAUUGUUGAACAGUGAGGCCCAACUCCUCAUAAGCUUAAAUAACUGCUCAGCUCCAUAAAUACUUAUGGGGCUUUUGAUGCCACUGUUUCUAUUUGACAUUGGAAACUUCAGAGUUUCAUCAUCAUUAUUAAGAGGCUACAGCUUGUCAAAGCUAAGCUGAGCCAACAGUUUGUAUUUCCUUCCUUGGAAUUCCCCUGUUGACAGCAGCAGGGCAUGUGACAGGGCAGUAGUGAGGCUGGGUGCACUUGUGGGACUGAUUGACUGGGUAAUGGUGAUCUUACUGGUGCACAACCCUGGUCUCACCACCAUCACCACCACACAGGUAAGUAGCAGCAAUGGCGGUGUUGAGAGGGCGGCUCUGCCCUACGACAACCGCCACUACUGCCCAUUGAUGACUCAUUGAUUUUCAGAUUCACAACUUUUGACUCAACUCAGAGGGGAGCUGUCAGUUCCAAGCCUUUGUAGAUUGUUCGGAAAGAAAUAUGGUGGGUUCAUCAAGAUGCUAGUCCACAGUACACAGACAGUGUCUGCAGGCUCCACUGCUGGUCUUCAUGAAAGGCAGGAGGGAUGAGCUCUUCUUAAUAGUCCAAGUGAUGCCCUAGUGGUAGUGAAAAUAACUGAUCUAUUUUAUCAAGGGAAGAUAUUUUAUCAUUAGGUUCUUUCAGAGGAGGGAAUUGUGAAUAAUUAAUGGCAUUUUCCAGAUUAACAUUGCUAUGCAUAUUUCCAGCAUAUUUUAUAACAAUGUGCUUGAAGCAGACAUGGCAAUGUUGAAAUAUGCUUUUGUGACUAAACAUAAACAUACUGAUUUUAAUAAACAGUUUUGAAUGUGCUCUCUCUCUCUCCCUCUCCCUCUCCCUCUCCCUCUCCCUCUCCCUCUCCAUACCAGAAAAAUGGGAAUAUGCGUUUUCUCUCACUCAGUUUGUUUUUCCAUUCUUUUUCUCUCUAAUUUCCAGAAACGUUUUGGACAAAUCCACAGAUCAAGCUCCAGCUGACAGAAAAAGAUGAUGGUCAAAAUGAAUGCACAUUUAUAGCCGCUCUAAUGCAAAAAGACCGCCGUAAACUCAGGAAGCAGGGAGCUGAAAUGCUAACCAUAGGUUAUGCCAUCUAUGAGGUAUUUUCCUCUCCAGCAAUGUGAUGGUUUGCUCUGGGCAGGGCCAAGGUGAACACCUGACACAAGACACAUCUUUGAUGUGGUGAUAGUCCCUGAGCCUUUCCCCUCACCUUUUGAUGUGACUUGCAGCUGAGUCACUUCAUCACUAUAUGUUGUGUGUUUGUUUCUUAAUUUUAUCAAUGUUUCAUUGUUUUUUAAUGAUUGCUUUUUCCUUGUUUUUAGUGGUUCUUAUUUUUAUCUGCAAGCUAAACUUGAGUCCCUGUCAGUCCUGUGUGUUUGAUAGCUGCAGGUGCUCACUUUUUUCCUUGCUGCACUGGCACUGCACUACCAAGAUAGGAAACCCCUCAGAAAUGUGGGUGGGGAGCUUUCCAAAAAACCCUGGCUGUGUGAAUGCUCUUUGCCCUGGUACAGGAAAAGCAUUCCCUUCUUUAAUUUUCCCGGUUGUGAAAAAGAAUGGCAUAUAGUGGCCAUUCAGAAGAAGAUGAUUCAUGCGGCAUGAAGUUAAUUCAUAGUAUGAAGGUUAAGUUCAUAUCCCUUUGGGUCAUUAAGAGCCGCACACUUCAGCUGUUGCAAAAAGAAGGGCAGGAAUAAAUUGGGGGGGGGGGGGAAUCUGCCUUUUUGCCCCCUUGAGCUCCUCUCUGGAGGAAAGGCAGGGUAUAGGUGCAACAUAUAAUAAUAAUACAAUAUGUAGCCGUCUCCUAUUUAACUUUGAACUGUAUAGUUCAGGAUUCAGCUAAGUCGUCAUGUGCAUGGAAUGAGAUAUGCUCUUGCAGUGGGUCUUUCCAUGCCUCUCCUCACUUCCCCCCCCCCCAAGUCUGCCCUAGAGAGUUGGGGGAAUCCCCAGAACAUGUUUAGAGGGUUCUUAAGGGAGAGAAGAGGGGGAAACUCUUUACACAAGCUGACCUUGUUCCCCAUGCAUAUAUCCACUUAGUACAACACACUGAAGACCCACACUUGAUAUUCGUUUUGCUGUAUAAAUGUAUGGCAAUACACUAAGGCAGAGGCUGAAAUGAAAGGGCAGUAGACCAGCUUCAGAAUCUGGAGUUUGCAUUCUAAUGGGUGUGAUUUUGUGCUCCAAACAUUGGAGGGGAUAGUGCUCUGGCACUCAGGCCCUGCUGACAGGCUUCUCCACAGGCAUCUGGUUGGCCACAGGGAGAACAGGAUGCUGACCUCGAUGGUCCAUUGGCCUGAUUCAACAGGCUCUCCUUAUGUUCUUAUGCUGUUAUAUCUGCCAAGCUAACAGAUGAAUAAUGGGGUCAAUCUGAAAUCCAAUCACAGAGCCCCAGUAACGACGAACAGUUGACGAAGGAUUUUUUCCGCUACCAUGCAUCCAAGGCCAGGAGCAAAACCUACAUCAACUUAAGGGAAGUCUCUGACCGAUUUGCGCUGCCGCCUGGGGAUUACGUUGUUGUCCCUACCACGUUUGAGCCACACCAGGAGGCGGAUUUCUGCCUGAGGAUUUUUUCUGAGAAGAAAGCUGUCGCAAAGUACGUACGACCGCCAAGUACAGUGGUACCUCAGGUUACAUACGCUUCAGGUUACAGACUCCGCUAACCCAGAAAUAGUACCUCAGGUUAAGAACUUUGCUUCAGGAUGAGAACAGAAAUCGUGCUCCGGCGGCACAGCGACAGCAGGAGGCCCCAUUAGCUAAAGUGGUGCUUCAGGUUAAGAACAGUUUCAGGUUAAGAACGGACCUCCGGAACGAAUUAAGUACUUAACUUGAGGUACCACUGUAUUGCAUCCAUCUGAUGGAAAAAUUCCAAGUUCAAGUUUACAUUUGCAACCAGCUCCUGCUAAAUGUUUGUAGAGGAGCUUCAUGUGUCUGUGAGUGGGUUGGUGAUUGGGCCAUAAUCCCCAGCUUCCUUUUUUUAAAGAGUAAGUUGCUAGCAAUUGUAGAACCUGGGACAUGAACCAAUGUGUACAGACGAUCGCUUCCUCUGGAGGCACUUCAGUGCAUUCAGAAAGAAAAUUGUGAGCCUGGACCGAGGAGCAUGGGCCCUUACUCCUGCCCUUGCCUCACCCACAGCCUGCAGCCCAUUGGCUCGCUGGGAUGGGGGUGGGGCAUCAGCCACCCUGUGACCAAGAUGGGUGGCACCCUGGUCUCAGGAAGCCCCAUGCUGGGUCACAAACCCCGCCCACCUCUUGGAGGGGGUGAGCGGUAAUUCCCAUUGCAUCACUCCCAGCUUUCUACAUUCUUACGUUACUGAAACAGUGUGUAAUGGAGGUAUAAGGACCUACAACCACUCUUUUCCCAUAAUGUAAGAACCGAGCAUGAGGUACAUUUACAUUGUACACAGUACACUGUCUCUGGUUGUUGUUUUUUAUAAUGUUCCAAAUAGAAAAUCAUAUAAAAACUUGGAUUUGCAUUUGUUUCUCACAGGGAGAUGGAUGGAAAUGUUGACAUUGAUCUGCCAGAGGUAUGUCACCACAUUUAAAUUAAUAAUUGGGCCAAUCACCAUACUCAAAGGCAUUACUUUGUACUAAGGUUACUUGUUAUUGUUUUGUUGCAUCCGAGAUUAUGGCAACACCAGGUGAAAAUAAAGAAAAACUGAGUCCAUCAAACCCAAUGUUAACAACAUGCCUCUUUUUCCAAGGUGCAACCCCAAAGACAGUAAGCAGAAGCAUUAAAAUACGCUCAUUGUUGUUUUUCUCCAAUAAUAAUCUUUGGGUUGUUUUAGCUUCCUGAACCAUCUCCACCCCAAGAAGAAACAGAAGAAGAGAAGCAAUUCCGGACAUUGUUCCAACAGAUUGCAGGACAGGUAACAACAUCCAAACAAAAAAAAUCAUAUUCAAGCAGAACUCUGGAUGAUCAGGAGGGCUCAGUUCAGUGGCAGAACACCACAUUUUGUAUGCAAAGGCCCCAGGCUCAAGCCCCAAUGUUUCUAUGUAGGGCUGAGAAAGACCCUUGUCUAGAACCCUGCAGAUCUGCUGUGUGUAUAGAUAAUACUCAGCUAGAUCCCCUAAUGGGCUAAUUUGGCAUAAAUUUCUGCGUUCCUAAUUUGGACUACAUUGUCUUGAUUCAGAGCAGAUUUCCAUGAAUGCACAUUACGGGUAGAUUGCAUUUUAAACCUGCCAACUGCCUUCAUUUCUUCCACUGUAGGACAUGGAGAUCAGUGCAGAGGAACUUGAAUAUGUUUUGAACGCCGUACUGAAAAAAAGUAAGUGCUGUCAAAGCCCAACUGGCAAAUGAUUUCUUAUGCCGCAUAGUGAUGGGAAAUCCCGUACAGUGUGCACAAUAUUAGGCGAAAGGAAAGGGGCAUCGUUCAGUCGGUACGAUAUCUGCUUUGCAUGCACAAUGUGCCAAGUUCAAUCCCCGGCAUCUCUAAUUAGGGCUAAGAGAUAAACCCGUCUGAAAUCCUGGAGAGCAUCUUAAGUCCUUAAGAAAUGGAAGGAAAAGAAGGUCCCAACUAAGGAAGGAUGGAUAACCAAGACGAUGGACUAUGCCAAAAUAGUGAAAAUGACCGUGAAGAUCAGACACCAAGAUGACAAGAAAUGUAGCAAAGAGUGGGGGGAAUUUAUAGAGUACCUUAAAGAGCACUGCAUAUAUUUAAAAACGUUAGCAGGAUUGUUAUAACACUUAUAAUGUAAUAAGACUAAAGUUAAAAAAAGGAUAUAAAAUGAAUUUGAAAAAUGUAAUUAGAUGCAAUAGGGGGGAAAUAGAUAAAUAUUGGAAACCACGGGUAGGGGUUGGGGGGAAGUCUGUGGAUUCAAGUAAUCUCAGAUGUAAAAAAUUGAAAAUGAUUUAAAUGUAUAAGAAUACUGUUAAAAAUUGAAAAAUGAAAUAUUUAAGAAAUCCUGGAAAGCAUCUGCCAAUCAGUAUAGAAAGCUAGGUUACAGUACCACCAAACUGCAGCUCUACAUAAGGAAACUCCAUACGUUCACCUUUCUGCUUAGUAACCAUACAUUUAAAUCACAUGACUUCUCCCCAAGAAUCCUGGAAACUGUAGUUUCACCCUCGUAGAGCUACAAUUCCCAACACCCUUAAAAAACUAUGGUCCAUGGGAUUCUUUGGGGGAAGCCAUGUGCGUUGAAUGUGCUUUCCAUGUACGGUAUGGAUCUGCGCUCUUUUAGCCUUGGGUGGCAGAGAAGGGCUGUACAACAGUGAAUUUGAUUUUAUGAUAGUGAUUGUUCUCUUGCAGCAAAUAAUGUCAAAUUCAAGAAAGUAACUCUCCUCUCGUGUAGAAACAUCAUUUCCCUAAUGGAUGUAUCCUUUGAAAUCGAGUGUGGGAAUUCCCUUCGGUGAAGCUGUUACAAAGUUUUAGAAUAAUCUCUACAAGAUUUUGCUUUUUCCAAUAUAUAAAAAUAUGUUGGUGUGCAUCGGGGGAAAACUUAAGCAGGGCAUGUCUUUGGAAGUCCUAAUGACUUUGCAGCUUUUCUUAUAAAAAUUAUAGAAAUGAAUUUUAACAAAACUGUAUUCACGAAAGCAUCUUCAAGAGCACUGGAAUAUUUGUGAUUCAGACCCAGCCCAGGUUUUUUUUAUUGUUUGGCAUCUCCAAACAUUUCCAUUCUACCAUAAUAUCAUUUACAAGUAGGAUUGGUUGCUUAUUUAAAUAACUCAGGACAAGGGGAUGCAGGGUUCUGUUGUGUGUUUUCAUUCACUGAAUUAUUUGAAGACUUAGAGAGGGCAUUGGUGACAUUGUAUUGCAUUAUAUUGUUGCAUGCCACCUCAAUCUCCAAGCCGUGUGAGAUCCCAGGGGUUCAAGGUGCUUACCCAGGAUUCAUGUCUCCUUUGGAAUGAGGGACAGCGGAGACUGUGGUGUCUUUAUGAUAUAUGGUUUAUUUACACAUAUGUACAACCUGAGCCUACGAUGGAGGGGCUCACGGCAGCAACACCCCGCUAAAGUAUUGCUUCUUCCAUUGUCACAGCCUUGGAUUCCAACAGGUCAGGUGUAGCUCUGUCUCUCAGCUGCCCAGCCUGCAGCCUGCCCACUUCUAGCUCACAUAAAGCAACUCUCAACUCUGCCCUUUGCUUUCUAACUACCAGCUCUAGUACAGAGCUACUUCCUUUGUUACUUUAAUGGUCCAUGACCUCACCAGGAAGCUAGCCUAGCUACUCCAGGAAUUGAAUCUAGGCUGGAUCCUGGAAUUAGAAGGGGGCUCAAGCAUACAGCCUACACCCCACCCCAACACAUAACUAUAUGUUAGCAACAGGGCCUGUCUAGGCUGGUGGUUUUGUGCAUGCGUUUUCUGCAGCAUGUCCUUGAUGCAGUAAUAGUGCUCUGCAGCAGUUAAUGCUGAUAGGACAAGGCUGUUAGUUCAAAAUGUUUAACUGCAUUAAUAAAGUAAUAAAUGUAGGCUGGUUUUGGUACUUGACACAACUAGUAUUGUUUUCCUUAAUGUGGACUGCAUCAGGCCAGUGGAAAUGGGAAACUCGAAUUCAAUGAGUUCAAAAUUUUCUGGGACAAACUGAAGAAGUGGAUUGUAAGUUAAUAUAGAGUCAUAGUUUUCUCGGUUGUUUGGUUAGGCAUUUUUGAAGUAACUACAAAGCAAUUUUAAAGACCCAUAAAACUUUCAUAUUAAAUCAGUGCUCUUAAAAAUAAAAAAGCUGUUUCUAGGAAACAUUAUUUGUUUGCUUUUGUGCCAAACCACAAAAAGUUUACAGGAAACAUUAGCAAUAUUUUUUAAAAACUUGAGCAAAAAAAAGGAUUUUUUAAAGGUAAUAAAUGUCAGAACAAAUGUUCCUCAGAAGGAGGCCAAGCAAAAUAAAUCUUUAGCAAAAGACAUUGCUUGAACAUAAUAUAUUGCUAUUGGAACAUGUAAGAUGAAAGUGCUGAUUCAUGAUGAGGAGAAAACACUGGUGACCUGCCAAGUGCUCCGGGAAAAAUGGGUCAUCCCAUUUUUCCUGCAAAAUCUCAGUGGCCAUUUUGGGUGCUUUCAUCUCAUGUCAUCUCGGGCCACACUCCAGCCCCGAAAAGGUGCUUUUGUGAGGCCAGAGCAUGGGGCAGGUUACGUGAUGUGCCCAGGAGCAUGUCCCAGAAGCCGCAUGUCCCAGUUUUGGAUCUGAAAAAGUUGGACAAUAUACAAUCAGCAAGAAAUGAAUUUUUAAAUAGCCAGUCAGAGCACACAGGCUGAUGAAGCCCAAAUAUAAAGGAGCAUUUGGAUGUCUUGAAACAAUUAAGUGACUCAUCAACUCUUCCUUUCUCAGAGGGGUUACAAAUAAUUUUCUCUUUUUGUUCAUUUGUUCAGGGUAUUUUCCUUCAUUUUGAUUCUGACCACUCCGGCACCAUGUCUUCCUACGAACUUCGUCUUGCUUUAAAAGCAGCAGGUACCAUUUUUUUCCUCAAAGGCUGGCCUUGGCAGUAGGUGAACUUAGGUGGCAGAGGUGGCAGGAGAGGCUUGGAGAGCAGGAGCAACUGUGUUGCUGGCAGGGAGCCCACACAGUGAGUGAGCAGCAGCCUUUCAAGAUCAUCCUCACUAGAUAUGAUAUGAAAGAGUCCUUAUUAGAUCAUCUGUUAAAAGCAGGCAUACAGGCCCAAAGUGGCACUUGGGAAGAGAGUUAAGUCCCAUGAUUUCAGUGGGGCUUACUCCCAGGAAAAUGAAUAUAGGGCUGUGGGCUCACUUAAGACAGGAUAGUCAGGAUUUUUUGUACACUUCCUUUGAACAAGUUCCUUGCUCAGAAUAAAUCAAGUCAAUAAGAUUGAGGUGGCUGCAGAAUGUACUUUAAAGAAUCAGGAUUCCAAUGGAAAUUCUGACCAGAACUGGCUGGCUGAGAUCAAAGAUUAAAAGAAAUGAUUAUGAUGACUGGUUAAAGUAACAGUUAGUUAUAUAUGGAACUACAGGGAAUCAUAAAAGGCAUUAAAAUCUACAUUUUCAGAACUCUAGAUUAAUUCCCCCCCCCCCCGUUUCACCCAAUCAAUUCUUUACAAUCACGAGGGCUGGAAGCUUAUAUAAAAACUAAAACCACAGUUCUCAGGAUGCAUAGAUCCUGUGUCCUAUACUUUGUCUUGGAUGCUUUCAAACAGCUUGCUGGAAGAGUGGCAGUUGUGGUCAGUUAUUAAAGAAGCUCAAAUUUCUCUUUCCUGAAGGGUUUCAGCUCAAUAAUUAUCUACUGCAGUUGAUGGUUCUGAGGUACUCUGAUGAUCAAUACCAGAUUGAAUUUGAUGACUUCUUAAACUGCCUCAUUCGCCUGGAAAAUGCAAGCCGUGAGUAUCUUCUUCUUUUAUCUUUAUUUGUUCUCUUUGAAAGCUUUUUAAUUCCCAUUGACAUGUGAUAGACACAAUAGGUGGGUUUCCAACACCUAACUGCUUUCACAGUUUUUGUUCAUCAUUUGGUUUUGCAGCAGUUCAUUUCCUACGAGUGUUCUACAAUUAUUGGAUUUGCUAUUCUGCUUCAUAAUUACGACACUAUUAGUUUGAAAGGACGUUUAUCUUGUGUCUCAGUGCCAUAAUGAGCUGAAAGGGCAAGUGCUCUGCUAAGCAGCCAUGUUUGCCACUGCUGCAGUAAGCGAGAGACAUUUGAUGAAUGCCAACAAUGACCGGUCGUUCUUAAGAUCUGAAGAGUUGCAGGGAAAAUGACAGAAAAUUCUGACAUUUUCCAGUAAAGCUCAAGGUCAAUUUAGUACUUUCAGUAAAUGCUUGAAUGUCACCUUUAUUUCUGUCACUUAUUAGUAAACGACACUUUAUCAUGUCAUUGGUACAAAUGUGAGGUGAGGGGAAGCCACAGUGAUGUUAAUAUUUCUGUCAUUACUCAUUGGGCCUCCUAAAACUAACCUGUAAAUGUCAGCAUUCACCAUGUUUCUGACAUUUACUGCAACAGAGUUUUUAUGUAAGACACUGAUCAUAUUGGCAAGGUGUUUUUGGGGGAUGGCCCAAGGGGUCUCAGCCACAGAUAUUUUUUACUUGGCUUCCGAUCUAUAGCCCCUUUCCCCCUUUCAUAUAUUUAACAUUGGUGGGGGUUUUUAGAUUCUUGUUAUUAGUAUUUAACUGUGCUCACAUAAUACACUACAAAGCACAUUGCCAGUGAGACUACACCCACCUGUCAUCUUAAUUUGCCCAAGGACUUCUUUUUGUUUUAAUAUAUACAAAAGAGCAGCUCUUGCUAAUAAGUCAUGUGGUGGGGAGAUAGGAGGCCCAAUCCACAUGCAGUGAACUGAGCCCAGUAAAUUCUCAUGAUAGCUCAUAUUAAGCCCUAACAGCCGGAGGUUGUUUUUCCCCUCUGAAAGUUAUGGCAUUUAUACAUACAAAAUGUGCAUGUGCUAAUUUAUGCAAAUUUGCAUCUUGGCCCCAAAGCUUGCAUCCAAUUAAGUUUUGCAGAUUAGGCCCAUUGAAAUUAAAGGAUCUAGCUUAGUCAUAUUCAUUAAUUUUAGUGGGUUUACUCUUAAGUAUGAGUACCACUAAAUGCCUCAGGUCAUUUACCUUGCAUUGUCCCCCACAUAUUUGUAUGAAUCAGAUCAACAUCACAUGUUGAUUUUUUUUCCAGGAGUGUUCCAAGCACUAAGUGUGAAAAACAGAGACUUCAUUAACCUGAAUAUAAGUGAUGUAAGUACUCAAGAUCCUAAAGCUCAUAUGUCCUUAAGUAAAAAGUGUAAAGGUAAAGAUAAAGGGACCCCUGACCAUUAGGUCCAGUCGUGACUGACUCUGGGGUUGCAGCGCUCAUCUCGCUUUAUUGGCCGAGGGAGCCGGCGUACAGCUUCCGAGUCAUGUGGCCAGCAUGACUAAGCCGCUUCUGGCGAACCAGAGCAGCGCACAGAAACGCCGUUUACCUUCCCGCUGGAGCAGUACCUAUUUAUCUACUUGCACUUUGACGUGCUUUCAAACUGCUAGGUUGGCAGGAGUAGGGACCAAACAACGGGAGCUCACCCCGUUGCGGGGAUUAGAACCACCGACCUUCUGAUCGGCAAGUCCCAGGCUCUGUGGUUUAACCCACAGCGCCACCCAUGUCCCAAAAAGUGUAGAAAGUAACUAUUUGAGUGCAGGAUUCCCCACUUCUUCCACUUUUUUAUGGGCACAUUUUACUACUGGCAUAAGCAAAUGAAAACCCAAUGAAGGGCCUCCACUGGGUAAUUAUUUGACUUGAGGAUGUCUCUCCAAGCCUAUGGCCCUCAACAUUUAAAUAGUUUAAAACCAAAUAAGUGACAGAAUAUGGGGAGGGCUCCCGUUUCCCUUAAGCUAAAAUAACCACCAGAUUUUAGAGCCACACCUCUGUUCCAGAGGGUCUUGUAUUUCUGCCAUUCUGGGAAGUUCUCAUCUUACACAUGUUACUUUGGGAUCUCCUUUAUCAUCCUGUUUGACCACAGUGCCUCCUCCACAAGACAUACAUACUUUGGUAGUCACAAAUUCAGAAUAUGAAGAGGCUGAUCAGAUUUAUGGCCCAAGAGUUCUGACAAAUCGGAUAUUUCAACGGCAAUGUUUGGUCUUUCUUUCUCCUGUUAGUUUAUCAACUUGACAAUGAACAUCUGAAGACAUCCAGUCUGGGUUUCAGCCAGUGUUCAAAGUGCCUCUCAAAAUAAGUUUGGAAUGUUCCUCCCAUGGUUGAAAACAUCACAGAAUUCCUGCAUCUUCUACCCUUUCUUAUAUUGGCCCUCAACACUACCAGAACUGCUUUGAAGCCAUUUUGGCAUAAAAGGGGUGUAAUAAAGUACCUGUUUAAAAGAAAACAACAAAUAUAGAUAAGUAUUU